AUGGUGACCAUCACAUCUUGUACGACGCGGGACGUCCGCUUCCCAACCUCCCUAGACAAGACCGGUAGCGAUGCCAUGAACGCUGCUGGCGACUACAGCGCCGCCUACUGCAUCCUCCACACAGAUAGCGAUCACUCCGGCCAUGGCAUGACCUUCACCAUCGGCCGCGGCAACGAGAUCGUUUGUCAAGCAAUAUCCCUCCUCGCCGACCGUGUCAAAGGCAAGAAGCUGGAAGACCUUGUGGCAGACUGGGGCAAGACAUGGCGGUACCUGGUCUCAGAUUCGCACUUGAGAUGGAUUGGGCCGGAAAAGGGUGUCAUUCAUCUUGCUCUUGGGUCUUUGGUCAACGCCAUCUGGGAUUUGUGGGCGAAGGUGCUGGGUAAGCCUGUAUGGCGGAUCAUUGCGGAGAUGAGUCCGGAGGAUUUUGUGAGGUGCAUAGACUUCCGGUAUAUUACGGAUGCUAUUACGCCUGAGGAGGCUUUGGAUAUGCUGAAGGGGCUAGAAGCUGGGAAGGCUCAGCGCAUGAAGGAGGCUGAGGACAAUCGAGCAGUGCCGGCAUACACAACUUCCGCCGGUUGGCUGGGCUAUGGAGAAGACAAGAUGAAGGCAUUGUUGCAGGAAACCCUUAGCCAUGGAUACAGGCAUUUCAAGCUCAAAGUCGGCACAUCCAUCGAGCAGGACCGAAAGCGAUUGGCCAUUGCACGCGAUGUCAUUGGCUACGACAAAGGAAACGUCCUCAUGGUAGACGCCAACCAGGUCUGGUCCGUCCCAGAAGCAAUCGAAUAUAUGCAACAUCUCGCCGAGUUCAAGCCCUGGUUCAUAGAGGAGCCAACAUCACCAGACGACGUCUACGGCCACAAAGCCAUCCGCGAAGCUCUCAAACAACAUGGCAUCGGAGUUGCAACGGGCGAAAUGUGCCAGAACAGAGUCAUCUUCAAGCAACUACUGAUGCAAGGAGCGAUCGACGUAUGCCAAAUAGACGCCUGCCGAAUGGGAGGCGUGAACGAAGUCCUCGCGGUGCUUCUCAUGGCAAAGAAAUUCAACAUUCCGAUUGUUCCGCACUCUGGCGGUGUUGGUCUACCCGAGUACACUCAGCACCUGAGCACAAUCGACUAUGUCGUCGUCUCCGGAAAGCUGUCCGUACUUGAAUACGUGGACCAUUUGCACGAGCAUUUCUACCAGCCGGCAGUCAUAAAGGAUGGCUACUACACCACCCCGACAGAGCCUGGGUAUUCCGUGGAGAUGAAGCCGGAGAGUAUGGACAAGUAUGAGUAUCCUGGAAAGGAGGGCGUGAGUUGGUGGAAGAGUCAGGAGGCCAGGUCAAUAUUAGAGGGCGAUAGGAUAUGA